AUGGAGGAGAGCAGCAUCGUGCACAAUGAAACCGUCAAAGUCAUUCUUGGUGCUCAUUCACGGAAUAAGACAGAGCGUUCGAAACAGACCAUUGCAGUUGCCAAACAGAUUCCUCACCCAGGCUUUGUUUUCAACACAUCGGAUAAUGAUCUAAUGCUGUUGAAGCUUAAGCGUUCAGCCAAGAUUAAUAGAUAUGUGUCCAUCAUCAAGCUCACUCAAACUUCUGCUGACAUAAAAGCAGGUACUCGGUGUCUUGUAGCUGGCUGGGGAAGAAUUCACAAGAUACUCCCGAUUCAUUCUGAUACACUGCAAGAAGUGAAUGUUACCGUCAUUGACAGAAGAAUCUGUAGUGAUCACAACCAUUAUGGUUCCUCCCGCCAUCUCAUAACAAAGAAUAUGGUGUGUGCUGGUGACAAAAAAGGCAGGAAAGAUUCAUGUUCGGGUGAUUCUGGUGGCCCUUUGAUAUGCAACGGGGAACAAAAAGGCGUGGUUUCUUUUGGAGAAGGAUGUGCAGACAGUCGCUACCCUGGUGUUUAUGCUCGUCUUGGAAAGAACCAGCUUGACUGGAUAAGGAAAAUCACAAGGGGUUACUUGUAGAUUGGUUUUUUGUGGGAGGGAAACUAUGCAUUUCUUUUAAAUUUCUUUGUUUCUUCUUCUUAUGUCUGUGUUGUUCAUCCUAGCAAUAUCCUAUGAGGUGCUUCAGCUGCUGCCUAUCAACCACUUAAUAGAAUCAUACUGUGUAAUGUGUUUUAAAGGAGAGGCCAUGAAAAGUGCAUAAUCUCAUAUGAGGUUUAGAUGCCUGGGUUCAUUUCAACUGCUGUAUUAUAGAGAAAAGGCAUCUUUGGCUUGAUGAGAAAGAAAUGUCAGCUGAGCCGGGAAAAGGGAAAACAACAAUGAGAUGACUUAAAGAACAAUGUGAAUGGUUACAGCCCCUUUCCCUUUCCAUGUUUUUAGGAUAGGGGAAGACCAACUUGCCAUUUGUUUGCUUCAUUAAAAGCCUUAAAGAUUUACAAGGCAAACUUCAGGGAGUUCUCCUUGGUCUAAAUCCGAAUGCUAAUCCCAAUUACAGUAACUUCUUUAUAUCAAUGAAGUUGAGAUUAAUGUUGGCUUAUCAUUCAACAGUUAAUUCAAUUAGUUAA